CUUGACUCUUGAGUCACUCUUCCCUUAUUGAGGUCCCAGGGUGAUCUGGGGAACUGUAAGGAACGAUGACAGAUCCGGUCGUAUUGCAGUCGGCGGUCCGAGUGCCCACACCUCCACCUGGCACAUCCUAUUCUCCAAACGCAUCGGGCUCACGAAAACGCUCGCCCCCCUCUCGUUCGCCUUCUCCCAAUCGUCGCCGGUCUCCCCCAGGUGACUCUGUCAAAGAAGAUGGCGACGCGCCACGGAUUGAUCCUGAACGCGCCAUUGAGCGAGAACGGCAACUUGCGGAGCGUGUCCGUCAACAUGAGAAGCAGGAGGCCGCGCGGAAACCGAUGACGGAGGAAGAAAAGCAGGCUUCAGCCAAAGCAGAAUAUGAGAAGCUUUUGAAUAUGCGGUCGGGAGGAACUUACAUCCCCCCGGCUCGACUCCGUGCGCUGCAAGCCCAGAUCACAGAUAAGACAAGCAAAGAAUACCAGCGUAUGGCAUGGGAAGCUUUGAAGAAAUCAAUCAACGGUCUUAUCAACAAAGUCAACGUCUCAAACAUCAAACAUAUUGUUCCAGAACUUUUCGGUGAGAAUCUAGUGCGUGGACGCGGGCUCUUUUGCAGGAGUAUUAUGAAGGCUCAAGCUGCCAGCUUGCCGUUCACACCAAUUUACGCUGCGAUGGCGGCUAUCGUCAACACCAAGCUUCCUCAAGUUGGCGAACUACUGCUUAACCGAUUGAUUGUCCAGUUUCGCAAAGCGUUCAAACGAAAUGACAAGGCGGUCUGCAUCUCGUCGACGACUUUCAUCGCUCACUUGUGCAACCAACAGGUCGUACAUGAGAUGCUUGCAGCUCAAAUUCUUCUUCUCCUGCUCCACAAGCCUACAGAUGACAGUGUGGAAAUUGCCGUCGGCCUCACAAGGGAAGUCGGCCAACAUUUGGAGGAAAUGAGUGGUCCUAUUGCCCUGGCGGUGUUCGAUCAGUUCAGAAACAUUCUCCACGAAGCCGAUAUCGAUAAAAGAGUCCAGUACAUGAUCGAAGUCUUGUUCCAAGUCCGUAAGGAUCGUUACAAAGACAAUCCGGCGAUCAAGGAUGAACUUGAUUUGGUAGAGGAAGAAGAUCAGAUCACACACCGUGUUGGUCUUGACGAUGAGAUUGAAACUCAAGAUACCCUCAACAUUUUCAAAUACGACCCGCAAUGGGAGGAACACGAAGACACGUACAAGAAAUUGAAGGCUGAGAUCUUAGGUGAAGGUAGCGAUGAUGAAGAAGAUGAGGACGAGACCGAUGAGAGCUCUGAUGAAGAAGCUGAAGAAGAGCGGCAGAUGGAUAUCAAAGAUCAGAGUAAUACGGACCUCGUCAACCUGCGGAGGACCAUCUACUUGACGAUCAUGUCUAGCAUUGACUUCGAAGAAUGCUGUCACAAAUUGAUGAAGAUCUCACUGCCACCUGGCCUGGAGCCUGAACUUCCGUCGAUGAUUAUUGAAUGUUGUUCUCAAGAAAGAACAUACUCAAAGUUUUACGGUCUAAUUGGUGAGCGGUUUUCCAAAAUCAAUCGUCUUUGGUGUGACCUUUUCGAGGCCGCUUUCGCCAAGUACUACGACACGAUCCAUCGAUUCGAGACCAAUAAGCUGCGCAAUAUUGCCCGCUUUUUCGGCCAUAUGCUCAGCACAGACGCCAUCGGCUGGCAUGUUAUGUCCGUGAUUCACCUUAAUGAAGAAGAAACCACUUCAAGUAGUCGUAUUUUCAUCAAGAUUCUCUUCCAAGACCUAGGAGAGCACCUUGGUCUGCCGAAGCUGCAGGAGCACAUGAGAGAUGAGAUACUUCGCCCGAGCUUUGAGGGUCUUUUCCCAACAGAUAACCCUCGCAACACCCGCUUUUCUAUCAAUUAUUUCACAAGUAUCGGUUUUGGUAUUCUGACAGAGGACAUGCGUGAACACCUGAAGAACCUCCCCAAGCCGACAGUCCCUGCUCUCCCUGCUCGCGACGCUACUCCAGAGUCAGACGCUGAAUCUUUCAGCUCUCGCUCAUCUUGCUCCACGUGCACUGGCCCCCGUCACUCACGCUCGCGCUCGCGCUCCUAUUCAUACUCCCGUUCGCCUUCGCCGGGGCGAGGCCGCCGGCGCUCGGUCAGUCGGGGCAGGUCUUACUCACGAUCCAUCUCCGGAUCUUCUCGCCGGAGCUACAGUUACACGCCGUCGCGCUCCAGGUCCCCAGUGUCAAAAAGUCGCCGGCGCUCUGUUUCCUACAGUCGAUCCCGUUCACCCAGGAGGUCGUCGGUCUCUCGUACUCCCCCCAGACGGACCCGUGCUAAGUCUUACGACUCGCGCGCCUCUCGAAGCGUGAGCCCGUACCCAGCUCGACGUUCACCGUCUCGGUCUGCUACACCCGAGAAACAGGGUUACAGUCGUAGGAACCGAAGCUACUCUAGGUCAGUGUCGAGAUCUGUUACUCCACCUAGACGUGAGGCACGAGGCAGACGCUACUCUUCCGAGUCCUUGUCUCCUCCUCGCUCUAAACGCGCAUCCUCGCGUUCACCUCGCAAGGCAGCCCCUGCUCGGCGCGCCCGCGAUGACUCAGUGUCACGCUCCCCGAGUCCCGCACGUUCGGGACGUGAUCAAAGAAGACGCCGGUACUCGGAUUCCCGAUCACCACCUCGCUCGCCCCCUCGGCGUAGAUCGCCGUCCCGAACCCCCCCUCGUCGGGGCCGCGCCGCGGACUAUAUCUAAUUUAAAAUGGUGAUGGGUUGCUGUAAAAAUGACAUGGAAAUGCUUAUAAGAUGCAUUCAAAGAUUUCGAAUUAUUUGAUGUUGACCUCAGGUCAUGAAAUUUUUUUUAUUAGGACAGGUUAAAGGCUCGGUUUCAUAGGUGUAUUUAUACUACCCUGCGUUUAGGUUCACAAUAGCGAAAAAAAGAAGGCAGUGCACUCACUGCAAACGAUCCACAUAAUCACCUGAUGGCGGUCUUUCAAA